AUGCAAGAUCAAUCAUUAGAAACAGAACUAUCUUCUACUUUUCCACUUCCACCACAACAUUAUAAAUUAUUUACUGAUCAUAAUUUACUUGCAUUUAAAGAAAAUCAGUAUGAUGCUAUUCGCGAUGUAGAUCAUUCAGAUAUGCCUGAUACUGUAAAUACUAGCGGUCCAAUAUUAGCAAGGUUUUUUACUCCGCCUAAAGUGCCUACUGAAGGAUUUUACCAAUGUUUUCAUGAACGGUGGAAAAUUCCUGAUGAACUACCAUCUCUUACUGAAUUUGGUAUUCAACAGCUUUUUGAUGCAAAAAAUGGACCACUUUGUGCUCAAGAACGUAUUGCUGAAUUGAAAAAAAUGUUAAAAAGCCUUUUAUUAAAUUUUCUUGAGCUUUUAGGGAUCAUGGGAAUUGCCCCUGAACAGUUUGUCGAAAAAGUAGAACAUAUUCGAAUUCUGUUGCUAAAUAUGCACCAUUUGAUUAAUGAAUAUCGGCCCCAUCAAGCCCGACAUACUUUAUGUUGUUUAGUUGAAAAGCAAGUUCAAGAGGAAAAAGAAAAGUUGUUAGCUUAUCAGAAUGUAUGUGAUGAUGUUAAACGUAUUCUUUCCAUGUAUCAGCUUCUAACGAAGUAA